AUGCGGAAGGCAACAGAGCGUGGGGAGGCUCAAUUGGCUGUUGACGGAGCUUUUCUGGAGAUGCGCAAGUUCGACAAGAUGAAGAGAUCGGAUUACAAUUCAGCAAGUGAAUACAUUGAGGAGUACCAAAAACAAUACCACGUUCUUGCAGAACCCCAUCCAGUUCACGUAUUGUUUUUGGUACUCCUCAAUGUAUUCACUUGCUGA